AUGGCUUCCACAGAAACUCCCUUUCACCCUCAUGUCUUCUCCAAUGUGAUCUCAUCCAAAUUAAUGGAUGAUAAUUUUCUCACCUGGAUGCAACAUGCAGAAGUGACGAUCAAGGGUUUUUGCUUGCAAAGACACAUCGAUGGAGCGAAAUCAAUUCCUGCAAAUUUUUUUACUACAGAUGAUGAACGGGAGGGUUCGGUAAAUGUUGCAUUCGAAAAUUAUGAGCAACAAGACAAUCUAUUGAAAUAUUGGUUGCUUGAAUCUAUGGAUCCACAAUUUAAGAUCCGUAUGGUUGGAUGCGUAUGGUCGCAUCAGAUCUGGCAUGCUUUGAAAGUGUAUUUCACUUCUCAGACAAGAGCACGUGUCAAGCAAUUAAAAAUUCAACUUCGCAAUGUCAAGAAAACUGGAUCGAUCGCCGAGUAUCUCGUACAGGUGAAACAAAUCAUCGAGACCCUGGCUGCAAUUGGAUCGUCGUUAUCAGUUAAAGAUCACAUAGAUGCAAACUUUGAUGGUCUUGACGAAGAAUAUGAUGGAUUCAUCACUUCGUGUAUCACAUGUACUGAAGCAUACACUAUUGCGAAAAUUGAAGCUCUAUUGAUGCAUCAAGAAGAACAUCUUGAGAGGCAUAAGAAACAUGAGUUGUCCACUCCUCAAGCAAAUGUUGCUCAAUUUCAACACAAGAAAGUUAAUCUUGUGACCAAUCGUAGGCAUGGACGUGGUCAGAAUCAUGGAAGAGGCAGAUCUGGCCGCUCGAAUCAAAAUAGCUUUGGUGGAGGUCGUGGGCAACGAAUUCAAUGUCAAUUGUGUGGCAAAUUGGGACAUUCUUCCUAUCAUUGCUGGUCUCGUUUUGAUGAAAAUCUACCAGAUCCUAAGACUACUCAGAACAACACAUCUGAUGCUAUUAUACAAGAGCCUCUCAAUCAAGCUAUGAUAACAAUCUCCGCAACUCAAUCUUCUCUGGAUGACACAUGGUACCCGGAUACAG